AACUGAUUUGUUGUCAGUGUUAGAGGCUGAAGCGAAUACAUUUGGGAUCGGCCUCAUCUUCACCUAAACUGAUGCUUUCAUGUCCAGGCAGGCGAGUCUAUUUGAUGAUAGCUCGCUGUGAUGGCAAAAGUAAACUCACCACGACCACAAAUUAGAGACGGGUAAACUCGUCCAUCACGGUUGCCCGGGUGACAGCAUCCAAAUACGUGCCGUUGCCUGGCAACAGCGCCCAAACAAAAGGCUCGCGGCUGUCGGGCUGAUUUGUCUGGCUUGGUUCAAGAUGAGCCGACCCGGCAGCAGACCUGAUGAAGAGGGGGUCCCGCAACAUGGAGACCCAGGUGGUCAACUCUCUGCGGUUAGCAGUGCUCACAACGCAACUUUGAGUCCUGAAACAAGGCUCCUGUCCGCUUUCAGGAAAGACACUAACGCCAGGAGGGCUUACCUGGCAGGGAGAGAGUAUUACAGUGAGGAAGGGAAGACGUUUGAACUGCGCCUUGUCAAAAAAAUAAAGCAACAGCUAAGUGCCGAUCCCACCCUUCGUCCAGAGUAUCCGUCCUCUCUUGGUCUGACAGAAUUCACCAGGCGAGCCACAGAGGCCGCUUUGGGGAAGAGCUCUCGGGCUAUAGUGGAGAACCGGGUGUUAGGUGUCCAAACUCCUGGUUUUACCGCUGCAGUGCGUCUUGGUGCUGAACUCCUCCUGAGACACUGGGAUGAUGUCUGUGAUGGCCCGGUCUACCUCUCUUGUCCUUGUGAUGAGUCAUUAGUCUGUAUUUUCCAGGCAGCAGGGUUCCAAGAUAUACGUGAGUAUUAUUACUGGGAUGACAGGCAGCGGGGCGUUUGUGUAGAGAAGCUUCUGCAGGAUUUGGAGAAGGCUCCGGAGCAAAGCGUUGUUGUUCUGUCAGCAUCUGCCCACUGUCCAACUGGAGCAGACCUCGCCAAGAAUCAGUGGACUGUGAUCACAAAAGUCAUCAUGAGGCGUAGGCUUUUCCCUUUCCUCUUGCUGCCUACUCAGGCGCUUUGUUAUGGAGAUUUGGAGCGGGAUGCCUGGCCCGUUCAGCACUUUGCAUCACAGGGGAUUGAGCUCCUCUGUGCUCAGUCUUUCUCCCACUGCUUUGGACUUUAUGGUGAGGCUGUCGGACACCUCCUGUGUGUCUUAAAGCACAACUCCCGUCUGUUAUCUGUGCGGUCUCAAGCUGAUAAAAUAGUCAAGGCACUGUGGGCCCAGCCAGCCGUAGGAGGAGCACAAGUAGUUGCAACAGUGCUCAGUAACCCAGCUCAUCGUGUUGAAUGGAAAGAAGAAGUUAAGCGAAUUGUGACGAGAUGUAAGCUGAUCAGAGAAGUUUUGAGAGAAAAGCUGAGACUUCUGGGGACUCCAGGUUGCUGGGACCACCUUACUCAACAAGGUGGACUCUACUGUUUCACAGGCUUGAAUAGUGAUCAGUUAGAGUUUCUGUCUAAGAGGAGACACGUGUACCUGCUCCCCAGUGGCUGUCUCAACGUCAGUGCAAUCAACGGUGGCAACGUGGACUACAUAUCCGAAUCAAUUCAUCUGGCUCUGGCUACUUCACUCUGACCAUGUGGCCUUUGAUCAAGCACUGAAAUCAGUGUCAAAGGGGCUUUUAGAUCGAAGCUAUUUGUCACAAAGAAAUGCUGAGUUUAAAAUCACUGUAAUUACUGUUGCAGGCCUGGCUAUUGCAAGGCAAAUGCUACAUACAGUAAACAUACAGAAACAUGUAGAGUGUGAUUGUAUGAUUGUAUAAUGAGUGGCUGCUCAUUAGGAAUUGUGCCUGAAACUGUGAUGGCCAUUCAGGUUAACAGAGUACAGGUUGUGAUUGUCUAUUGUGGUAUGUAGUAUAUACAGGAGGUCAGUCAUAGGUAAAAAUAGCAAAACGCUACCAGUCGCUCAAAGACUUACAAACUUCAGUGUAUAUUUGUAUGUUCAUGUUCUGAUAUUGUUUUGUUGCUUAUUUUUGGAGACUACCAGAACCUGGAGAAUCUGGAUCAGGCUAAAGCCAGCAGCUUUCUAGCUUAGCUCUAUCCAAAGCCAAAAUUAACAUGCUACAUCUUGUUUGUUUAAUUAAUAUAAAAACUGGAGUCGCAAAAACAUUUGCGGUGUUAUUGAGGGCUCAGGGUUACAUUGCUCAACCUAAACCUGGAAAAUAAUUCAAAAUUUCAUUUCCCAUGGUUUUUUUGAUAAUGGUUUUGGUUAAUAUAAAAAAAACCAUGGAAAAUGGCUAGAUAUCAGUUCUUAAAUUAAACUCUUGUGAGCUAUUUUUGUUGUAAUCAUAGUAUUUGUCCAAACAAAUGUACCUUUAGUUAACUCAGGCAUUAAAAUGAACAAGAAAUUGAAGAAAACAAUGGUCUAAUAAUUUUUUCCAUGACCUUAUUUCCUGUAGCUGGUGACAUAACAUAGCUCUAAUCUGUAUCAAUGCGCAAUGUUUUUUUGUAUGUACGUUUCUUGUUUUUCUCCCUGCUUUCCACCUGUCACUCCCUAUCUAUACAGAGUAUAUCUAUAUCUACAAUAUGUUAUAUCUCUAAUGGAAUUUAUGUUGAAUUGCAUCCAGAAAAGACUUUAUAAUCAAAUGAUUCAAAGAUACACUGAUACUACAAUCACUUUCAUUUUCCCUCAUGCUUGAAAGUCAGUUCCAGACUGAUACAAUGUGUGUCUGUGUCUGUAGUUUAAAGAAUUUAAAGUGAAUAAUGAACAAAACUGGUUAUUAGAGAUGAACAUUGCUACUUCAUUUACAUACAAUAAUUAACAUCUGGAGUAACUGUACUGUUGUGUUCUUCAAUUUUAAUUUAGUUUUGAACUUUUUUCACUCAAAUUAUUAUUUUCAGUGUUCACAUGAUGUCCAGUGUUACUUAAGUCUCCUUCUAUGGGUUUUUUUUUAUUUUAUUUUAGAUAUUCUGGCAUUGCCUCUGUACUUGUUAGUCUGUUGUUUACAUGUAUGCACUCAUUGGUGAAUAAAGAAAA